CCUGAGGGGAACAGGUGUCCCCAAAAGCACCAAGAUGCAGCCAUGGCUCUGGCUGGUCUUCAGUAUGAAGCUGGCAGCUCUCUGGAGCAGUUCUGCCCUCAUUCAGACCCCUUCAUCCCUGCUGGUUCAAACCAACCAUAUGGCAAAGAUGUCCUGUGAGGAUAAAAGCGUCUCUAAGUUAACAAGCAUCUACUGGCUGCGGGAGCACCAGGACCCCACCAAGGAUAAGUACUUUGAGUUCCUGGCCUCCUGGAGUUCUUCCAAAGGAGUUUUGUAUGGUGAAGGGAUGAACAAGAAGAAUAUAAGUCUGUCUUCAGAAUCAAGCCGGCCCUUUCUCAGUAUCAUGAAUGUGAAGCCAGAGGACAGCGGCUUCUACUUCUGCGCGAUGGUUGGGAGCCCCAAGUUGGUCUUUGGGACAGGGACGAAGCUGACUGUGGGCCUGACAUGCAGCAUCAUUACUGUCGGCCUGCUGGUGGCCUGCAUCCUGGUUCUGCUGGUAUCCCUUGGAUUGGCCAUCCACUUUUACUGUGUGCGGAGGAGAGCCCGAAUUCGCUUCAUGAAACAGUUUCACAAAUGAUCAGCACCCACAACGCUGAUAGCCUGCUAUAAAAGGACUGUAACUCAAAUCAACGCAAGACCUGGACUACUG